AUGGAUCCAAUGAUGAAUGUUCAUUAAUUAUUUGAAAAAGACCAAGUUUACUAAGCCACCACUAAACUUAGGAAAAUGACUAUUCAAGAAGAGUCUUCUAGUCUCUAACAUCCUAUACAAAUGCCAAAGACACCAUAUAUUAAGUAAGUUUUAUGUCCUCUGAUAAGUUUUAGACCUAAUACCAAUAUUCCACUGAUACGAUCUCCAUUCACUCUUCCAAAAUCCCAAGUACUGCAAGUUACUCAAUACAAGCCAAAUUAGAAUUAGCCUACCUAGUCUGAGGACCAAGCGAACUAGAGUACGUUUGAGACACUAGAGAGCUCAAGCUACGAGUCACCCUUCAGACUAGUCUCCUGGUAAACAGUCCUUCAGGAAUGCGAUGAUGAAUAUGAUGAAACACCAACACAAAAAUAGAUUAGUUAGAAUAAACAAAUCUACCAAAAUAUCCCAUCAGUGAAAAACUUUUUAUUCCAGUAGACUCAACUAUAGAUAUAGAUGCAGCUGGAACGUGGCGAGGGUCAGUGA